AUUUAUUUUCUAUAUCAGGCAAACAAGAGCAAGGUUGCAUAACAACAGUGAAUACAUCUUUAUAGAUUAGUGUGAAAGUGCAACUCUGUAUUUUUCAGAUCUUGCUUUCCAAAAUCUAGGUUCAUGUAUGUAUUAAAAUAGCUUUGAGUAGUAUUUUCCAAUGGGUUCUAGAGACUUUUAUUUUUUCUUUGAAUCUCAACUGCAUUGCACUUAUUUUAACUCCAGCACAAGACCCUUUUUCUAAAAAAAAAAAAAGUUAUUGAUAUGUUCAUUAACACAGAUGUAGGAAUGAGUUUGAAAUAUAAUAAAAGCCAACUCAACGGAUUAGGUAACAAAAGAUCAUUAAUUAUUACUUUCCUUUUUACUUUAGAUCAAUAAGUUGGUUCCAAAAGACCAUGAAAGAGUUGCCAACAUGUCUGUAGUACUGAGGAUGAAAUAGGCAUAUUUUACUGGGUACUCACUGUUAAAGUAGAGGGGCUGUUACUAAUAACUAUGUAUUAAAGCCAUAAUUAGAAAAUAACUUGGUUAAUUAUUUUUGUCUAAAAAAUAAAUUGUGUGCGUUUUAUAGUUAAUUUCAAAUAACAACUAUUUGUCUCAAAUGAACCAAAACAAACAUCAAACUACAAGAAAAACUCACCGUGUAACAUCCUGGUACUCCACUGACCACUCCAUUCCUGAAAAGAAACCAGUCGUUAUUUCACUUCUUUAAAGCUUUAGGUGCAUCUUCUGUUUCCAGUUUGCUGCUACAGUAACCUUUCUGCAAAUUUGAGUAACUAACCUGGUACAGAUCAUUUGGUGCUCAGUUUUUACCUUCCAUACUGUUAAUAGUUUAGCUUGUGCUCCAAACCAACUUCUAGUAAUGAUACUGAACUAAUAGUUUGGAGUUAGGCACAGGAGAUUGAGUAUCAGGGAACAUGUACUAGUUCCUGUACUCUCCAGUUCAAAAAUAUUUAGUUGAUUUUAGUGUUUCAGAUAUUGAGAUAAUGUACCUAAUUCACAAAAUAGAAACUUAUAAUUAUCACAAAAUCAGGAUAAAGACCUCUUGGACUUCCAAAGAUGCAUGAUCCACUAAUUCUCAGUACAAUCAGGAUGUCAUCUCAAGAGGAGAACCCUCCUUGCCCCGCGCCUGAUAUGCAUUUCAUUGGAAAGAAGGCCGAUAUUGUUAAGGCUGGCCGUGUGACGAUGCGGGUGAAUGGAUGCAGAGAUGUGCUUGUUGUGUACCACCAGGAGAAGCUUUAUGCAUUGGACCUGCGUUGCUACCAUGCUGGUGGUCUAUUACAGGAUGGAGAUAUCGAGGACUUCAAUGGACGGCCGUGCAUUGUUUGUCCGUGCCACAAAUACAAGAUCACCCUGGCAGAAGGUGAAGGACUUUAUGAAGCUGUGGACAAUCCUACGAUCAGACCACUGAAGACUCAGUGGCGCUCCAAGGGACUCAAGCAAAGGAUUCAUAAAGUUACUGAAGUUAGCGGGGAUGUUUAUGUUACCCUGAAUGACUCCAGCGAGGCCAUCGAGUCAGAUGUCUACCAGACUGAGAAAUACAGAACUGUUUCACUCGAUGCACUGCCGAAACCCAAACACAAGACAUAGAAAAAAUACAAACACUUAUUAAAACUUCUGUCUUAUUUACAAACACUCUACUUCUUUCAAAGAUAGUUUAAUGAUUUAACAAAAUGUUCAGACUCCUUUUCUGAUGCUAUGUCAAUAUUUUCUCAUUGUAAUUUCGAUCUGAUUAAUCUUUUAAUUUUCACAGGGUUCAAACAAAGGAGAAACAAAACCUUUCAGAAAAUUGAUCAAAUUUGCUUCAGGAUGAAAACAAAUGACUGAAUCAUUACAAUUAAAGCCAAUGAUGCCUUCUUAAAAAAGUUUAAUCUGUUAAUCCUAAGGUAUUUCUUUUGAAUAUGUAGAACAAACAAGGAUAUUUUACUAAUUACAUUUUACACUGUUUCUUAACAUAUUGCAGUUUUAUUUUUCUUCCUUUGCUUUAUUCUUCUUCCUUAAGCUUUUACUUGAAUACAGAAACCAUAAACAUGCUUAUUAGAAGAGAUGUGUUCAAACAACAAACAGAUCUUACAUCUGUCGAUCUGUGUAAUAUCGACAGCUUGCCAACAAUUGUUCGACAAAAUGUAAUGUAGAAGUACAAAUGAUAUUUUGACAAUGUUUUUACAUUUUGUAUCAGUACAAACUGAUCAUUUUGCACAACAAACUUAAUUUUAAUUUGUUUAAUAUGUCUUGGCUUCUGUAAAAAUAAGCUAAAUUUUUAUUGGACUACUUUUUGUUGUGCUUUCUGCAUUCUUUCACCUCAGGAAUAUUUCCUUCAGUUUGUGCAUUAUAACAUUUACUUCCAUUCCAACGUUGUUCACCUAAGUUGUGUUUUUAAAACUUUGUACUGAAAGACAUCCUAAAUACUCUCAGCUGUUUACAUUAUGGACUUCUGUGAAUGUAUAAAAAUCAAGUUUAAUGAAAUACAUUUUAUACUUUGAUCUCAGGAGGUCUUUUCAUUAUCUUAGUCAAGGGUAAAGAGAGAGAGAAAAAAUACCCACAAUUCAAAUGGUGACUAACCUUUCUGGUAAAUGAGAAAGAAAAAAUAUAUAUAUAUAUAUAUAUAUAUGUCUGAAAAGGUCUAUAUUUUUAAUAAACUAUAUCUCAUUAAAAGGUGGAUUAAUUUAGCCAUUUAGUCCCAAAAUGUGGGUCCUGUUUGUGUGUUUAAAUUACUUACAAUGUUAAAGAUAACUGUAAGUUUUACAAUUUCUUUUCUAAUGCACAUUUUGCCAAACACAUAAAUGACUCUGAUCACUGAUUUUCCAGAGGUUUGGAUAAUUUGUUUAUAUCCCAAACAAAUUAUAGCUGGUAUUUCUUAUGUUGUAAUUUUGCACUUACUGUACAGUUUCUUAUUUCUAUUUAUUUUUUUAUGUUUUACUGCUUUGGGAAUCUGCAUGCUUCCAGUUGCCUGCAAUUCUUCUGCCAGUACAUCUAGAUUUUCCCACUUUCAAUAAAGGACAUUCCCAUUAUACUCUUUUGUUCUAUCAAAGUGAGUCCAAGUAUCAAAAAGGCAAUGUAAUAUCCAGAAGUUGUUUUACAUAUGUGUGUUUUGAUGAUUUAUGGAACUUGCAAUUAGAAUUUAAAUUGGUUAAUGUUUUGAAUUCAGAUGUCUAGAAUUUGGGCUUGUAAAGCUAUGCAAUUUGAACAAAUAAAAAAUAUACAGGAGCCUUG